GCGUGCCCAGUGAUCGUGCACGUUGACUUGGACUGCUUUUACGCACAAGUUGAAAUGCUCCGUCAUCCUGAACUCAGAGACAAGCCUUUAGGCGUGCAGCAGAAAUACCUUGUCGUUACCUGCAACUACGAAGCCAGAAAACUUGGAGUUCAGAAACUGAUGUCUGUAAGAGAUGCUAAAGAGAAGUGUCCUCAGCUGGUCCUGGUUAACGGAGAAGAUUUAGCUCCCUACAGGGAAAUGUCCUACAAGGUCACAGAGUUGUUGGGGGAAUUUUGUCCGCUGGUGGAAAGGCUUGGGUUCGAUGAAAAUUUUGUCGAUAUCACAGAGCUUGUAGAGAAAAGACUAAAGCAGCUGCAGCAAAGUGGAUGUUGGAGAGCCAGCGUGUCUGGCCACGUGUACGACAACCAGGCUAUCAAUUUGCACGACGCGACGCACGUCAGACUGGUUCUUGGAUCUCAGAUUGCUGAAGAGUUCAGGGAAGCCAUAUACGAGAGGCUGGGCCUCACGGGCUGCGCAGGAGUGGCCUCGAACAAAUUACUGGCUAAACUGGUAUCUGGGACCUUUAAACCAAACCAACAAACGGUUCUUCUGCCUGAAAGCUGUCAAGAUCUCAUCCGCAGCCUCGACCGCAUCCAAAAAGUGCCCGGCAUUGGCUACAAAACCAGCAAACGCCUCGAAGCGCUGGGUGUGAGGAACGUGUGUGAUCUCCAAGCGUUUCCACCUGCUGCUUUAGAGAAGGAACUGGGGGUUUCUGUUGCUCAGCGUAUCCAAAAACUCAGCUACGGAGAAGACGACUCCCCUGUGACUCCAUCAGGCCCUCCUCAGUCCUUUAGUGAUGAAGAUUCCUUUAAAAAAUGUUCAUCCGAAGUGGAAGUUAAAGAGAAGAUUGAAGAACUGCUUCCUAACCUAUUAGACAGAAUAUCCAAGGAUGGAAGACAACCACACACCAUAAGAUUGACCAUCCGUCAGUUCUCCGCGACCGACAAAUGGUUUAAUCGGGAAAGUCGACAGUGUUCUAUUCCACCUCACCUCGUCCAGAAAUUUGGAAAAGAAAGCAGCAACAUUAUAUCCCCGUUGGUUGAUAUACUAAUGAAACUCUUCCGAAAGAUGAUAGAUGUUCAUCUACCCUUUCAUCUUACCCUUUUGAAUGUCUGCUUCUCCAACCUCAAAGAUCUUCCCAGCAGCAAGAAAGGAUCAAUUGGUUUCUACCUAAAGCACGUGUCGGCACCGUCAGGCUCUGGUAAACGUCUCUGGGAAGUGGGAGAUACCUCACAAGUUGAUGAGGGAUGUGCUUCUUGCAUCCAGAACUGCAACAGAACUGGAACUACAAAAACAAGGAAGCUUUCGGAGGAAAAGCAAAGCAAUACACAAGAAGCUGGAAUUCGUGACUUCCCCUUCCAUUUGUCUGCUGGUGACAUCGACCAGGAAGUCUUCAGGCAGCUUCCAGAAGAUAUUCAAAAAGAAAUCCUUUCUGAAAACACAGAAGCGUUCCCUACUGAGAACGUUUCCGACUCCCUGAACGUCCGAGGGACAGAUCCGUCAGCUCCGGAAGCUGGAACCAGCCAGGCUGUUCUGCGUGUGCCCGUCUCGGAUAAAGAGAAGUUGUUUGGACCAACUUUGGAGGCUGAAAUUUGCAGUAGGCAAACAAGAGUUGGCUUUCCUCCCGACAUCGACACAAAGACCUUUUAUGAACUACCUGCAGAUGUGCAAAAAGAACUGUUAGCCGAGUGGAAGAGUCAGGAACCGGCGUCCCAAGCUUCCGUGGCUAAACCCGCUGAAAAGCCGAAAGCGAACAAAGGCAGGAGGAGCACAGCGCCGCGUUUCUCGCCGUCUAACAGUUUGCUAAGAUAUUUUAAACCGCAGUGA